UAUCAUGACACUCCUUGUUGCUGCUUUAACUUCACUGAUUAGUCUCUUGUCACUGAUCAUGUGGUGUGUUGCUCUAGAGUCAAUGAUGAUGGGUUUAGAUGUGGAUGCUUUGGCAGGAGCACCCAGACUCCGGGUCGUAGCCAAAGCAUACACAUGCUUAACCAACUCAUCCCAUUCCGUACACUUAGGGAAAGAUGAUCAUCCUAAAGUUACCCAAGUGGAGUUAACUUGAGAGAUUAACCUUGUUACAGCCUUAUCCUGAUCAGUCCGUUGAGGGAAGAAGACCAGCGCGUCUCUAGCUGUUCCAGGCUGUAAAGCAAACAGCAUCUUGGUCUUAGAUGCCAAGAUACCAAAGCGUGUAGGCUCUCCCAUUGGAUCAUUUCAAAUGGACGCUCCUCUUCCCCUUUGACUCCACAUGCUUAUGCUUUCCCUAAUGUUUAACCUAGUGUCUCUCUCCCUUACUAUAUAACUUGUACUCUGAUUGAUUAAUAAGAUAACACGAGUUUAUGAGUCUCUCUCUCUAGUUCAUCAUGAUAAUCUCAUACACUUUCUCUUAAACACUCUAAUCUCUCUUGAAUCUCUCUUAGACUUCUCAAUACCUUUCCUAUUCUCUAAAAUCAUAUGGUAUCAGAGCCAGGUUGGCUGUGGUAUUGAGAUCUUGUGUUCUUCAGCUUCAGAUAAAAGUUCUUUCUUGUGAGAUUCUAAACAAAGUUCAAGCAAAUCAAGAUGGGAGGAAACAAGGUUAUUACGGUUCCGAUUUCACUCAAGGGUGGGGGAAACUACUUGUUGUGGUCUAGGCUUGUGAAGACAGCCAUUGGGAGGCUAGGGUUAUGGGGUCACAUCACAGAUGAAGCUCCAGCACCAGUGGCCAGUGAGGAAGAAGGUGGAAGAUAGCUGCUGAUGGAAAGAAGUGGAUUCAAGAUGACUUGAUGGUGCUAUCUGUGCUGCAAGGAUCACUUGAAGAACCUCUCUUGGAAGCCUACAGCUACUGUGAGACUCCAAAACACCUGUGGGAGGUACUCCAAAAGACUUUUGGGAACGUUACCAAUCUGAACCGUGUGUAUGAGAUCAAGAAAGCUAUCAACACACUGGUACAAGAUGGAGAGGAGUUCACCAAGCAUUUAGGCAAGUAUAGAUCGUUGUGGUCUGAGCUUGAAUCGUUGAGGCCAAGCACUAAUGAUCAAGAGCUACUCAUGGAGAGGAGGGAGCAGGAUCAGGUGUUUGGGUUGCUGUUGACGUUGGAUCCUCCAUUCAACGAUGUGAUCAAGCACAUGCUGAGGAUGCCAAAUCUCCCAUCCAUGGAGGAAGUGUGUGCGCAACUUCAGAAGGAGGAAGGGUCACUUGGGCUCUUCGGAAGCAAGGGAGACUUAGCUCUAGCCAACAAGGCUGAGGAAGGAGUGCAAGCUAACCGUGCAGCAUACAAGACUGAUGAGAGGAAGUAUGGUGAUGAGAGGAGGUUUGGAGGCAACUGUGAUCACUGCAAGAAGCCGGGACACAAAAGGAGCCAGUGCUGGAUCCUUCAUCCCCAUCUCAAGCCGGCCAAGUUCAACAAGGACCGAGAAGCCAGAGCUAACCUGUCUACUGAAGCAAGUGAAGCCGGCCCAUCCGGAGCAGGCUCAAGUGCACAAGUGGGUGAAAGCGCAGGCAAGGCAAUGGCAACUCACUACACGGCCGCAAAGAGUUUGGAGCAUGAAGUGAUCCGCAAAUCUGACAUUGAUGCCCUCAUCAAAGCUCUUAAGGAGUCUGGAUAUUGAGAGCAAUAAGUUGAUCGGACAAGGAGUAACCAAGGGGGAUCUUUAUGUA